UUUCCGCCCCGGUCGCUCACUACUUAUAAAAGUGUUGUACGGGGCCUGUCGUCAGAACAAUUYCUCGUCACGGAUACCGUAACAGUUCAAUUUUUUUUUUCAACACAGUUUUUCUCGAUAAGCAAAACGAAUAAACCUAUAUGAAAUGGGGUGCGGUGGUUCGACGAUGCCGAUGCCGGCCAUGCCGACCGAGGAAUUCAGCAAAAUGAAAUUGGAAAUACCAUCACCUAUAGCGUUUAGCGUUCCGUUGACCGAAGAAGAAAAGAGUGUAGUAAAAAAACAUCCACCGAAGAGACUGAGAAUGAUGGAAGGACAACAGUCACCGCCGCUGACCCACGAGAUGCUGUUGGAGAAACUGGCGGACGCUGAUAACAGACGACAACAGAUCCUAAGCCAGAGGAUAGAGUCGGCCAAGACGCUGAUGCGGCCGAGAUAUAACAGCGCCAACAAGAUGAACGCCGACGAAGCGUUGGUGGAGAAUACGGACGGCGUGGGCGACGAAGAGUCUUAAAUAUAUAUA